AUGGGCUUGUCGCACGAGUUAUCAACAGCUGAUGUACGUCAACAAACAACUGACGUACAGACAGAGACGGAAAAGAUAUCUAUCGCACAAGUAGCUAGUCGUGCUCGUGAUAGUGCUCGUACCGAUGCACUUGCACCUGCGUCAGAUAUGCAUAAUGCUGACCUCUUUACAUCUGGAGGCGUGACUGCUUAUAACGGUGCGGAUGAGCGGCAAUCGUUCAGCGCAGGAGGCACUAAAGUAACUCCUAUUACAAUGCACAACUCACCGAGUAAAAGCAGGAUGAAUGAUGACAAAACAAUUGUAGUGAAUAAGUCUACUCAAUAA